UGUCGACUAAACUGAUUAGAAAAUCCGCCUUGGCCAAUUCCGAUUGCUUUGGCAUUUGACACGGAGGCAGUGCAACAGCGACAGCGGACCAAAGCAGAAGCAGAUACAUUUGUGUUGCCAAAUUGCCAGCGAACAAAGUGGACGAUGUCUUGUCAGUUCUACAGGCCUUUUGCUCUCAUCGCUGGCCGUCAAUUAGCGCCGUUUGCCAUUUGAACGGAUUCGGUUCUGGGCGGUUCUCUCGCCUCGCCUGGCGGCUGAUUCACUUGUUCUCUAGAAAUCGGGGGUCCCAUGGGCACUUGCUGGGGCAUUAAUCAGUUGCAAGACGAUCGAUUAGCGGAAAACAAGAGCCCGCCCGUGCAACUGCAUCCACCUGGCGCUUUCGCCUGGCCCAUCUGCGAUUCUCCGCGCUACGCGCUACGCUCUCAUAAAUCGUCUCAAAACGUAGAUAAAUGAAUAUAUUGAAAUGAUUGGUCCAAUGAUUUGUGAGCGAAAGUGAAAUAAAUAGUUUUCGAAUUACCUAAUCGACUGGCCAUUAACGUGAGUGGUGUGAAUUUUCGAGUGCGUGGUGAAUAUAUUUUAUAUAAUACGUGUUAGCCGAUUCGGUUCUCGUCGCCAUACGAGUAUACUCUCAUUGAAUCGGCGAACGUUGGAGGAUUCGGAUUCGGAUUCCGUUCGAUUUCGGGCAUUACGCAAUGGCCGCUGAGGAGACGGCGCUAACCGGCGUCGGCGAGCUACUUUUCUCGCUGCUAAUUGGAUACCUGGGCGCCCUGGAGUUCGCCUUUGUGGCCCGCCAUCUGUACCACUGGACCUUCCAACAUCCCGGCGAUUCUUCUGUAGACGCAGCAGCCGACGCAGAAGAAUUGCCUCGAAUGCGGGAGAGAUUGGAUAAGCAGAUCAAGGAGGCGUCUGAAAAGGAAGCGCUGGCAGGAACCAAUGUCAUGCAGGAUGGUGUCCAGUAUAUCAAUGGAAUACGAGUGGAUCCUGCUGGUGAUAAGAGAGAAGCCUUGGCCGCCGAACUGGCACGUCAACAGCAGAUCGAAGCCGAUACGAGGCGUCAGCUGGCGGAGGCGGAGACCAAACUGGCAGAGGAAAGACUUCGGGUCCAGAGGGAGAAGGAAGAAUCGGAGCAGCAGCAGGCGAAGCUCAUAGAAGCCGAAAGACAGCGCGAAAGAGAGCAGGCGGAGAAAGAAUUGCAAGAACAAAGAGACGCCGAACGCAGGCAGCUAGAAGCAGAAGAAAAGCAGCGUAAACAGCGCGAAAGCGAGGAGAAAGAACGCCUAGAAAACGAAAGAAAGCUGAUAGAAGCCGAACGGGAAAGGGAAGAGAACGAGCGCAGACUGCAGGCAGCUGAAGAGCAGCGCGAGCGGGAAGAAAGUGAAAGAAGAAUCAUCGAGGCGGAGCGUCAGAGAGAGCGGGCCGAAGCCGAAAAGGAGCAAGCCGAACAACAAAGAAUCCUCGCAGAAGUCGAGGCAGCCGAAGCCGAACGUCGUCUCUUUGAAGCCGAACUGCAGCGAGAGCGGGAUCAAGCUGAAGAGGAGGAGCAAGCACAGAGGGAUGCGGAGAUUGUAGAGCGUCUUCUGGCAGCAGAAAGAGAGCUCAGCCCAAGCGGUACCGAGAGCGAACUGGAGGAGGAUGCUGCCAUCGCCGAGCAUUCACGUCGCCUGAUCUCCAGCAGAACUGAUCUGGAGCAGAGGCAGCGAUCGAUUGAGGAGAACGCCAGACUCUUCCUGGAGGCUGAAGAGGAGAUGGUGAUGCUACAGCAGCGCCAGCUUCAAGCGUCCCGCAGCAAAGAGGAGGCAGACGAGUACGCUGGCAUGGAACCUGUGGUGGAGGAGCCGUGCGUCAAGAAAGUUGCUCCACCCAGGUUUCAGGAGCCCCUGGACGAACCAAUGGUGCAUAAAGUGAAAACUCAGUUUGGUCAAGGAAGUGGUUCUGAAGAAGCCUACUCAGCAAAGUCAAAAACACUCACCUUCCCUGGCGUAUCAGAUGAUGGAUCCUCCGCUGAACCAAGAACUCCGUUCUCCAGCCAGCAGUCGUCCCUUAGCACCCAACCCUCCGAUGAAGUCAACAGAAUAGAGUGCGAACGGCCAGAACCUGAAGGAGAAGAUCAGGUACAGGAAGUGCAGUACACUGAGGACUACCUGCGUUCUUUAGAUGGCAUCAAGAAUCGUCCUUUGAUGCGAGAGGACGGUUCUGGCAGGAGAAGGGCCUUCAAGAAGCGACGAUCCAGUGGAAGCUCGAACUCCUCACGGGAGUCACGAGCCUCCCGCGACGAGGAACUAAAGAUGUUCACCUCGCUAGAGGAGGAGGAGUUGCGCCACGGCAACCGGGAGGACUACAACCCCAUAAAGUACACGAGUGAACCCACCCUGAAGGUUAAAUCCCACCGACGUCACAAGAGGAGUCCAGCAAAGGAUGUAAGACCAACGGCUGACUCGACCACAUCCUUGGAGAUGCUCGGCGAGGAGAGCACAAAUCCCUGGGGUGAGGUUGUGCCGGAGCACUACAAGGAUACCGAGUUCUGGAAGCGGGAGAAAGCGCUUUCCAUAGACGAGGAGGAAAUCGAGCUGGAGAGACCCUCAAGGGGAGAGGAUGUGGAGGAUGAGGCCACCAAUGAGCCGAAAUCGUCCUCCUUCGAAGAGGCCACUGAGGCACAAAACGAACAGGCAGUGGCUGCCCUAAAACACCAACUUUCCAAGGAGCAGGUGGACAAAGAAACGGAGCAGAACAACCCGCAAGCAGUGGAGACCAGCGACAGCAACAAAUCCAAUCUGCAAACCUCUACCGCAGCAGAGGAGCAAUCAAGGGGCGGUUCACCUGGCAUGCGACGCAGUCCACGUAUGGAUGAAAUGGAGCAUUACCCGGAGCGCUGGUCCGCCAGCCAGGAGCAGCAGUCACUGCAACAGCAGCCAACGCAAGCAGCACCAGCCAUCAAUGUCCAUCAGCCGGAUACGGCUCCUUGGCGGGAUCAGUACGGAUUGCUCAUGGAGGGACUCAGCGACUUCUACGACUUUACCGCAUCUGUAAACCCGUCGAGAUCCCGUUCGGCAUCGCGCAAUCCCUCACCAGCUCCCAAGAAUGUGGCCAAUUUGAUGGAUGUGGACGCGGAGCGAUCGCUGGAGGUCUUCGACGACACUCAGGAGGGUGUAGUGGCAGGAGAGCUAAACUGCGAGUCUGUGCUUCAGCUUCUGGAAUCGAACUUAAAUGAAAUCGAAUCAUCGAAUGACCAACUUCAAGUACAAACUGUAGCCGAUGAUGCCAAGAAUGAUAAAUCCAUACUACCACUGGUACACGAAGCCCCCGAGAGCUCUUCACUUGGUACUGUACUGGAAGAAAGGGGACGGGAGUCUUCUGUCGGAAGGAUCCAAUCCAGAUCCCGCUCCCGUUCACCACUUCCCACCUCAGAGAACCUAGAUAAGAGCAUUCAUAAGCGCAGAGAGCGAUUGAUCAAACAGAACGAUGAACUUGCCGAGCGUCUAUCCCGCUCCAAUUCAGAAGAUUCUAUGGAAAUCGAGACUAAUGGCAAUGGUAGAUUAAGUCCAGAACUGGAGGUCACUCUGCCACAGCCUGUGAUUGAGAUUAAUGAAAUGGCCGACGAGCCCAUGAAGGAUGAGGAAACUACACCUGAAGAAAUGCGAGAAAUAGAGACCUUAAGAGCCGAGAGGAACGCCCGCUCAAGAUCCCGAUCUCGUUCCCGGUCUCCUCUGCCCACGGCGGGUAAUAUAGAAAAGAGCUUGGAAAGUCGUAGACUGAAACGCAUUCAACACAAUGAUGAAAUCUUCGAGAAACUGCACGAACAAAUGCCUUCUCCACAGAUCAUAAUAGAGUCCGCUUCACCGCCAACUUCACCGCUUCCUCUGCCAGUGAUAUCCAUUGAAAUUGUAGAACCCCCGGAGGAAACUGCUUCCCACGCCGAAGCUGAACCUGAGGAUACACCAGAGAGCAUGGCUAGACUUUUCGAGCAACUUCGUCUGAACCGAGUGCGAUCCCAUUCCCGAUCCCGCUCGCGUUCGCCACUUCCAACAGCCGCUAAUUUGGAGCAGAGUGUGCAGAAGCGUCGCGAGAGGCUGAUUGCUCAGAAUGAUCAGUUCUUCGAGGUGCUCCAGGAAAGAGCAAGGACUCCGGAGCCAGAAACUCGCAUGACCGUGGAGUACGUCUAUGAAUAUGUUCAGGAGAAAGAUGAACACGUUGAAAGUCGCGACAAGCGAUCCUUGUCCCCAUCUCGCUCACGGUCACAGUCGCAAGAAAAAGGGCAAGAUGAUUUCCACUUGAUGCUCAACCUGGAGGGCUGUGAGUUGCGCACACUGCGCAAAAAUAGCGAGGAGUUGGAAAGUGUCCUGGCGGUGGGUGCAAAGCAGCGGGAGGUGGAUAUGGAUGCCCUGGAGAAGCUACACAAUGCCAAUGAGGAAAUAGAGCUUCGCGUGCUCAGCCCCACUAAUUCGGAGUUAGAGAGAGUGGUUGAAAUGACACGUGAGAAUCCUGACUUGGACCGCACGGUCUCUGAGGUGGCGCGGGAUCUGCAGGACGAACUCAUGGCCAGCGGCUUCAAACGCUCCACCUACGUGGGCGAGUCCUUGGACCUAGGAAGCGAUCAAUUUAAGGAGCUACGUCGAGAGGCCGCCCAAUUUCAGAGAUCCCGAAGCCCAUCUCCCGGAAUGAGCAUGGAUUACGCUCGAGAACAGGCUGCAGCUCAAAGGGAGCUCCAAGCAGCCAUCCUAGACUCUCUGACCGAAAGUCGCCUGGGAGCCAAACCCAAGACCUACUCCGAAGAGAGAACUGGCGAAUUUGAGGAUAUAACUGCCGCCCAGCUGGACGACCUGCGUCAUCGUACGGCCGAGUUCCAGCGAUCGCGCAGCCAGAGUCGCUUUCCCUUGAGAGACGAUAGCCUCACCCAGUUGAGGGACAUCGAAGAGGAGUCGGCUAAGAGGGAGCUGCAGGAUCAGUUACUAGAUAGGUUAGCCGCCUCAAGCAUUAAUUUUGAGAAUUUCUCUCGGCACCUGAAUGCCGACUUCUUGGACAGCGAGCGAAGGGCCUCGGACUCGGCUUUGAUGGGUGACAUGGAACCGGAUGAAUACCAUCACUUUCGGCGCUAUUCACUUGCCCAGGAACAGCCCGUCGAGGAGUAUCCCAGCGAUGACUACGUUUACAUCUCACAAAUCGAGGUGCGAACUCUUACCGGAACAAGGACUUGGUUAAAAGAAGACUUUUACAUCCAGGAACCCAGAGAUUUUUCUGACUCAAAAAGCCCAGUAAGAGAUGAGGACUCCUGGGCAAGAGCAGUGUUGGCUGCAGAGGCGGAAGCUGCUGAGUUUGAUUCCACCAAUGCCAUCUACAGCUAUGACAUAGUGGGAGACCAUGAGCACUUGGAUCACGACAGGAGCAGCUCGAAUGACAGCGAGGACACUCGACAGACGGUGGUGGAAAUCGAUGACGAAGAUGAGUUCGAGUUUGAGUUGGACGAGGGAAUCUCGGAUAACAACGAACGCACCCAGCCCACCGAUGAAUCCCACCAUGACACUUCCGAAUGUGAGGAGGCAGAAAGGAAUGCAGAUCGCUACGAAAAUCGGGGAGCUCAGGAUUGGGAAGAGGUAGAUGAUGUGGAGGAUUUCCUUGACUACGGUUUCGAUGAUGGAGCAGUGGGCGGAGCAACGCCCUACUCCGAUCCUGACUCCUUUAUCGAACAGAUCUACAAUGAGGCCAUCAAGAACAGAAAGCAGUCUGGAAUUCUAAGGGAGUACGAGACAAUGGUUCAGGAGCAACUGCCUUCGGAUCUCAGCGAGUCUGAGAAGGAAAAGUCCGGUUCUGAAAGUGAGAAAUACGCUCUGUGGGCCAAGACCAGGGAACUGGAAAGAUCGCAUUCCAGUACCCGACACUCAGAUGUUGACAUCGCGUUGGGCUUGAUUCCAGAAAGUGAACAUCGCGAUUCUGAGAUGCGUUAUCUCGGUGAUGCGCAUGUGGUGGCUCGGCAAUCCACCAGGUUACGUACCCGUUAUGGAUUCAAUCCUAAACUCGAUGUGGGCGACCUGGAAGAUGACAUCGAAGUGGACCUUAAUUACAAGCCCAAGAGGGAGUACAACUGGCGUAAGAACUUCCGACUGGACGACAAUGAUGAUGGGGAAAGGAGUGACCAAGUAAAAACAGAGGAGGAAGAAGAUCAAGAAGCCAGAGACCAAUUUGAGGAGGAAUUCGGAUGGCAAGAACAAGGAGAAGAACUUGGCCAAGAUCUGGAGCAGUCAUUGUAUGCUAAUGAAGAAAACGGACUUGACGAGCAAGGAGAGCUAUUGGAAAACCGCAGGAUCAGUCUGGGCGGAGAAAGUAUCACCCUCUUCAGUCGCAGUCCUGUUCGAGAAAUUUUACCAGAUGUUCCUGAAGAACUUCCACAGGAGGAAGAAGCACUCGAGGAGCAACCAGCAGCAGUGGCUCCAUUGGAAGACCUGCCAGUCGAGAAGCCCAAAAAGAAAAAGAGCAAGAAGAAGCUGCGCAAAGGAUCAAAAACCGAAGAGGAACUAAGAGAUGAUAAUGACUCGGACACUCAAAUGGGCUUCACUGGACGCAGUGAUGACCAGGAGGCAGCGGAUCCGCCCAAGAGGAAAACACGGUCGAGGCGAAGCUCAAGAAGUAGCUUGACUAAUGAAGAGGCCAAUGGAGGAUCAGGACUCUUUUCACCUAGGAGCAGUCUUGCCUUUGUGGGCGAGUCCUUGGAGGGCAUAGCUGAAUUCGAGCCACAGGAAAGGGAGGAAGAGCAGUCCGCCGAGAAGAGGACUAAAAAACGCAAGAAGACCUCAACAAAGGAGUGCAAGGAGGAAGCUAAAGAAGACACUCAGAUCCAGGCCACUGUGGACUCCCAUUUGGAUCUGGCACUAGCUGCUGCUCUGGCGGAGAUCGCCCCCGUUUCGGUGUCCACAAAUUUGAGCCCAGAAUCCACACAGCAGAACCUACUUUCCGCCAUUAGCACUGGACACAGUGUCUGCAUAACCCCAGCAUCAUCGAUCGAGGAGAUUGGUGGAUCGCCUUCCUCGACCUCAACUACGGUGGCUGCAGUGGUACCAGCGCGAUCCGUUGUGGACACCUUCGAUAUACUCAAAGAUGCCAAUUUCUAUCCGCUCUUCUAGAUCGCUUGGUUUGCAAACUAAACUUGUACCUUCACACUCUAUCACCCAUUUGAUUUACUCUCUAUCUGUUUCUUAUAGACAUGAUCAUAAGCCAAGUCAAGCCAAGCACAGCCCAGCACAAUCCAGUCCAAGCCACAUCCAAAACCGAGCACGCUGUACACGAAUUCAGUCCCAGUUAAAGAUUCAGUAUCCAGAAUCCAGCAUCCAGCAUCCGCUCCUCUGACUGAGGGAUCCCAGAGAUUCCGAUCUGUAUAAACCAUGUAUUAUACUAACGACACAGAAAACCUUGAACCCAAAAAAAGAAAGAACGAACGAUUGAAGGAAUAUUUACCAUAACAUAGCUGUUAGUUUGCUUAACAAUUUUGUCUUUAUAAAAAUGACGAGAAUAAAAGCCAACUGAAUAAAUGAAGAAACCAUUUCGUUGUACUCUGGUUGCUAUUAAUAGGCAUACACCCCACACCCUACAAUUCGCAUCUGCGGUUUGUGCCCAUUCUGCACCGGUCCUCGAAAUACUCGGGCAUUGAGAUCAUUCACGCCGAGGCUCGAGGCAGCGGUGUCACCCAUCAAUGGGCCACCAAGUGCAAGUGCCUCAGAGGAUCGUUCAUAAAUCUUCCCACAAUUGCCCAUAUUAUUCUGCACAGUAUAUUUGUGGCCACAUUUGCAUUUUCCCAUGAUGUCAUCGCUUGACACUCGGCUAAUACGAAUGAGCCAACAUUUGAGUCCACAUGGGAAAUGUCCGCCAUAUAGACUUACUCGAUUUUAAUGCUCUUGUCAUUACGCCUAUAAACGAAACCAAAACAAUCUGCCAUGAUCAUGAUUUAUGUGUAUAGUUCUUGGGCUCACACACUUGCUUUUCUUGGGUCUUAUGUCUGAAUGAUGGGACUAAGGUCAGGGCCAAGUGGCUUUAUGUUGUCUAGAAUUUGUCAAUGAAAAUAUGUUGUUCUCAAUUAUGUCAACUUUCUAAUUAAAAACGCAAGUUUGGCUAAGAGGCGUACAAGUGCGGCCAAAACAAAAGUGUACUUUCAAUAAUGAAACUAAAUUUAAACAAUUCCAACUUUUAUCGUCAGAAUGUAUUUAGUUUUAUCCCAAAAGUAUGCUAAUCUGAAUGUCCAACUUUUGCAUUUCAUUCAUUCAGAUCGUUUUGUUUAUGUCAGUUUAGGGAAAACAUUAUUUUUGCACUUUUCGCACUCGUGUUUUUUUUGGCGAGCUGCCGCUGUCAAGUUUUAUAUGUCAUAUCCUUAGUCAAAUUAAGCAGAAGUCAGCCACAGAAAAAGGCGACAAAGGUUCGCGGAGAUAACAAAUUAUCUCAACGACUGUCAGGCCGCAAAAGGGGAAAUUGAAAAUGAAAAAUUCCCAAAAUAUUUAUGACAGGCCAACAGGAAAGUGUGUCACUCGAGUGAUUUGUUUACGCAGCUCACUUGGCUUUGUUCUCCAUUCUUGCACGGGGAAACGGGCCAUUUGGAAUUUAUUUCUGUAAAACUCAUUACGUAAUGCAUUUGUACGCCAAAUAAAUGUAUCUCCCCGAACUUGCGUUAAAACCACAUCCAAGCAAACACGGCCAAAACGUUGCCAAAAAGUCUUAUUCAAUAGUUUUGUCUUUGACAUGAAUUCAUUUUUCUUGCGGGGCGCAUUUAAAAGCCUGCGGUUAUAUUUUCUUUCAUUUUUUUUUAAUUUCCCCCCAAAGUACAUGUGUAUAUAGUAUUUGCACUGCUCGCGGAAAAUUGCCUUAAAUCAUUUUCUAAAAAAUUCACUUGAAUUUUGUGCGUUCAGCUGGUAAAUGAAUUUUUCAUAUUCAGUGUCAGUUAAAUGAAACACCUUUUUUUGCACACCGCCAUACGUUUGUUUUUGCAUUUCGAAAAUACGUAUUAGAGAGUCAUCUGAGCAUCAAUAAUUUUCCAACAAACAUGAUAUCAUUUGAUAUGCAUCGAUGAAAAGAAAGACAUAUUAAAAAUGUGCCAAAUUAAAAUCGCAGCUGUUCUUAAACUUGAACUUAUAGACAUCCUCCAUUGAAUAACUUACACACAGAAUAGGCUUCUUGUCUCGGGAAAGUUUCCCAAUUCGCUAUGAAUUUUCGCUCAAUGCGCCUGAAAUGAAAAAUAUAAAAAUACGCUGGAAUAUACUGCCUAUACUGUCUAUAUGUGUUUGCCUGAAUUUAUGACCCAAUUAACGCUUUAACGCCUGCGUGAAAAAUGCCAAAUAAUCGUAAUGAGGAUCCAAGGGAGGGGACAGCGGUCACAUCACGCAAAAACUUUUUAUCAAAGAUUCGCGAGAUGCGGCUUAUUUUUAGACCAACUUGCAGAUUGCAUUUCACUCGGCUCCAUUGCAGUUGUUGUUGCUCGUGUCUGCGGCGAAAAUAGCAACAACUAAUAUACACAUGCGAUGCAUUAUUUUAUAAGUAUGUGCAUAUAGCCCAGCACGAACAUAUAUCAUACUGUAUGUGAUAGAUAGGAGCAUGGCCAGCGAAACUUGAUUCGGACAAAGAAGUCGAGCCGGAAGCGUACUUAUGUAUGUAUUUCCACUUCAAUUCAAUUCAAGUGCAUUUAAGUAACAUAUUCAGCCAAUGAUUUUUAGAUUAUUAUUAUCGUAUUAUUAUGAUUAUUUUACAUCAUUAUGAUUAUUUUACAACGUGCUUUUGUUAUUCUAAACAUUAUUUACUGCUUAUGAUUUUUGCUUAUGUAAAUUUCCCAAAUAUUUCUAGAACUCAAUGAUUUUAUUGAAAUUCUCCCUUGUGGUUUAUAUGCUUAAUAUCCCUUUAAUUUUGGCGAUUCCCACGUCACUGGCCACAUCAUCAUCAUUUGAGCCAUAAAUUUCCCAUCUCAGCUGUAAAUCAGUUUACAUCAGCAUUUAGAUUCUUAAACAAUGUUCGUUUUUUUGAGGUUUUCGCUCUAGCCAGAAUAUUUUACGAGUUGUUGAUUUUGUUUAUUAAUCAUUCUGAUCUGGUUUAGACGGCCUUGUUAAUAGCUUUCUACCACUGAACUGUCACUAGAACAUUCUUUCGUCCGAUUGGCCAUUUGUACUUGUUGCUUCGCGCAAAUUUACCUUGGACGGCUGCCCUUUGGUGUCGUGUCAAUUUGUCUAAUGGAAAUUUGUUCUGCUGUUUAAUAAACAUCGGUUAUUAAUUGGGGGAAAUAUUUGAAUGUGCCAGAAAAUGUAAAAAUUGAUCUAGGACCUGAUGAGGUCAUGGUGAAUAAGUGUUCUUUUUGAAAGAGCGAGCUACUGAUAAAUGUUGAUGGAUUCUUCUAACGUCUGACUUUCUUCUUCGAAUGCAUAAGAUCAUCGAAAUUUUCCAAUAAUUAUUAACUUGCCCUUGAUGAACGAACGCUUCAAAUCAUAAAAUAAACAAAUUCGUUAAUGAAAAUACAACUAGGAGAACAUAACAAACAUAAAUUCACAAAAUUAAAAUGAACUUAAAUUAACGCAUUCUAUUUAUGGUAUUUCUCAAUUUCGGAUUUUAUUCUUACAUUAAGUUGAGAUUAUUUUUCCAAUUUGCCGGCACACCUGUUGGUUCAUUUCAAUUCAAUAAACAUUUCGCCCGCUGGCAUCUCAAUGUUGUCUGUAUGCCAAAUGCUGUAAUGCAAGAGAAUCAAGAAACUGCGGAAUGCGAAAAUAAAUUCCAUAUACUAAUACAAUUUCGAUAAUGUAUGGCCUGGAGAUCAAUUAGGGCAUCUAUUGGAAAAUUCAAAAAUACCGCUGGAGUGCGAUAAGCCAAAAUGCCAGACGCAGAUCAUCGUUUUUCGAAGCGAUCCAAGGGAAAAGCGAUUUAUGCUCCACUAGAUGGCGAUGGCUAUGGCUAUGGCUAUGGCGAUCGUGUCGUGUGUAGUGCAGUGUGGGAAGCGAGAGAAUUUUCCUCGAUUUUCCAUUUGCGCGAGUGUUUGGGUGUGCUGCUUGUGUGUCGUGUGCACAAGCGCCAGCAACAACAAGAGCAACACACUACAUUUCGUUUGGUGAAAAAUUGAAAAUUUUUCAAAACUCUGACAUGCGAUUUUUAAGGGGGGUUUUUUGAGUGUUCGGGGGAUUGGGGGGUGGGGGCAUGCCACACCCCUUUGACCGCCGGCAGGUGGGGCGAACGCCCACAACUUUUGGCACCUGAAAUGCGUUCGAUUUUUCAUUUAGUAUUUUUAGCGGCAAGCGCGAACGAAAUAUUGCAUGCAAAUUGGCCGAAAUCGCUGAGGAAAUUACCCAAUUGCAUUGCAAAUUCAAUAAUGCCGUUAAUUAUUGGCGAUAUUUACAUUGUCUACCGCAAUAAUUCAGCCGCCCGUCUCAGUCGCUCCGCAAAAUAAAUCUCUAUAGAGAUUUCCUACCAAAGAUCUGUAGUUCUCUCUCCUCUGCGCCCAUUUGGCUCUCCGAGAUUUUAUUUUUACACUUGGCGGUGGCGAAACUAGAUACAGAGCGGACUGAAAGCGGUGCAGCAGGCGUUUUGAAAAACAUUUUCGGAAACCGCUGCGCCAGUUGAGAUCCCGACUCGGCAAAGUUCAUACCGUGCUGGACCUCCGAAAUCGAUCGAAACGAUACACAAAAACAAAAACUAACACCACGAUACAGAUACAACACACGCAGAUACAACGCAGCCAGACACAAACCCACAAGAUACAA